UGGGGCUGAGCCUGGCACCAAGCUGCACCCCAUCAAGGGUUAACCCUGCUUGGGCUGUUCAAACACCUCCAGCUGAGGUAAGCACGCAGCCUGUUUGUUCAGGUAAAUAAGGAAGGAAUUGGAUAUAAUGGGCUGAGGAGGCAUUUGCUGAGCGUGUCCCCGUCUCACGCCUCCUCCAUCCCACAGCCACUGCUCCCUGUGCCCCGUCUGUGUCCCCACCCCACACAGUGUCCCCUGGCAGCCCGUGAGCCGGGUGGGUGCUGGGGGCAUCAUCCCCACUGGGGCCCUGCACCUGGGGCCAUGCCCACCCCGAGCACUGUGCUGAGCAGCGCAGGGUCAGCUCUUCCCACCCACUGCUGGGACCGAUGCUGCUGCUGAGCCCCGUCAAGGUCUGAGCACUGGCAGCAUGGGCAGCCCCAGCCCCCCCAGCACCCCGUUCUGCCUGCACUACUUCGACAUGCUCUACUCGGAGGACGUCGCAUGGGCUGCCAAAGGGAUGGGGGAGACGUCCCAGAGCGGCACCCCCGGGGGGAGAGGGGAGGUGAAGAAGGAGCCGGAGCAGUGUCCCAUCAUCGACAGCCAAGGUUUGGGGCUGGGGGGCGAUGGGGAGCUGCAGGGGGGGCUGCCCUUGGAGGAGCACUCGCUGGAGCAGAUGCAGAGCAUGGUGGUGGGCGAAGUGCUGAAGGACAUCGAGACGGCGUGCAAGCUGCUCAACAUCGCUGCAGACCCCGCAGACUGGAGCCCCGGUAACGUGCAGAAGUGGAUCCUAUGGACGGAGCAUCAAUACCGGCUGCCGCAGCUGGGGAAGUCGUUCCAGGAGCUGUCGGGGAAGGAGCUGUGCGCCAUGUCGGAGGAGCAGUUCUGCCAGCGCUCGCCCGUCUGCGGCGACAUCCUCCAUGCGCAUCUCGACAUCUGGAAGUCGGCUGCGUGGAUGAAGGAAAAAGCUGCCCCGGGGGAUGUGAGAUACUGCGGGGGUGAUGGCAGCUGGGCAGACAGCGAGGUGGACUCAUCCUGCGCCGGGCAGCCCAUCCACCUCUGGCAGUUCCUGAAGGAGCUGCUGCUCAAACCCCACAACUACGGGCGCUUCAUCCGGUGGCUCAACAAGGAGAAAGGGAUCUUCAAGAUCGAGGACUCGGCGCAGGUGGCUCGUCUGUGGGGCAUCCGUAAGAACCGGCCGGCCAUGAACUACGACAAACUGAGCCGCUCCAUCCGGCAGUACUACAAGAAGGGCAUCAUUAGGAAACCCGACAUCUCACAGCGCCUCGUCUACCAGUUUGUGCACCCGCUGUGAGGGACUGAGCCUGCGGGGACCCUCACUGCCCUGCCUGACCCCAGCGUCGUCUUACAGCGCUUUAGGACUGUGGUUGGGUUCGUCCCUGUGGACCAAAGGGACCCUGCUGUCCCCAUAACCCCGACUUGGAGGGGAAUGAGCUCAGAGAGCACCGUGGUCUGCCUGGCUCCAGGGCCAGGACUGUGCAUGGUGUGGAUUUAGGGGCUGGAAGCUGUGAAGGGGGAUAAGGAGAUGAUGGAUGAUGUGUUGGGGGGGCUGCCUGCAGCCUUGGAUUGAUGGUGGGAGCGUGCUCGGGGUCACUGGGGCUGCAGCCGGGGACCUGCUGUCCCCACACACUGCCUGCCCUUCUCUGCAGCCCUGGGCAUCAUUUGGACGUGCCCUUCCCAUAGGAGACCCCGAUAACUCUGUGGCAUCUGGGAGCACAGCACAAGCGAGGACAACAGCCCUGGCUAUGUGUUGGGCACUGUGGGGAUGGGGAGGUGGGAGGGAGCUGGGGGUGCCCCCAACCACCCACCCCCAUCUGCUAUGGCUUCACACCUCUGCAAAUACGGGGGGCUCCACCUCAAAUCCCACCUCAUGGUGAGGGUGUGAGCUUUACAUGGGGCAUGACUGCACAACAUGGGACCUCAGCUCCAGCCCCACAGCAGCCCCCAUUGAGCAACACCCCCAGCCCUGGGCAUGGGGAACCCCGGAGCCCCCCACCCUCAGCACGGUGCUGCCCACUGGGUUUGGGGUUUCAUGUUCUUUAGGGAAAGAGACGCAGCUCUGCUGUUUCCCUCUGGACACAGAACUGGGGAUGGUGGGAGCUGCACGUUUCACGACGCUCUGAGCUACCUGGCGAUGUCCACCUUGUACAUUACAGUCAUUAUUUGUUUGAUUUUCUCCA